UAAGAGAUAUUCUACAAGUUACACUUGUCCUCGUCACAGAUUCAUCAACGCCAUAAAAAAAUUAGGACUGGACAAAAUGGAAACAGGGAAGGUGGUAGUGGAAAGAGUGCGAGGAAAGUCUACGGUCACUCGUUGCUUCGCGAAGUAUCCUCUCAAAUUCAUCAUCCCAAAGAAGGUGGGUUCAUCCCAAACGGAUGCUGUUUGGAUUUACACCAUUACCUAUGGAGGAGGCAUUGUCUCAGGAGACUGUAUAUCAUGUCUUAUUACAGUGGGAGAUGGUUGUACAACAGUUUUGACUACACAGGCCUCUACCAAGGUGUAUAAGUCUGUGGAGUCGAAGUGCUCUGAGCAACUCUUGGAGUAGGCAAAAGUAGGAAGCAGUUCUCUGUUGGCUGUAAUUCCGGAUCCAGUUACAUGUUUUUCCACUGCAAAGUAUUCUCAGAGGCAAGUUUUCAGAAUGUCACUAGACUCAAACUUGCUGCUGGUUGACUGGAUAACUAGUGGCCGGCAUGAACGAGGAGAAAAAUGGGUUUUUGAUCUUUACAAGAGCACAAACCACAUAUUUUUAGAUGAUAACGAGCCUUUGUUCCUCGAUUCGUUAAUGCUUGAGAAAGGCAUCAGCAGUAUUGCCGAGCGUAUGGGAGGCUACCAAGUUUUUGCAAUGCUCAUACUUGUGGGUCCAAAGUUGGAACAUGUCCAAAAACAAAUCCAAGAAGAUGUGAAGAGAAUGAUGUCUCAAAUGUUACGUUUUCCUUCAUUUGGGUCAGGACAGUGUGCAAAUAACCAAAGUUGGGCAAAACCGACUUUUGUUGCUUCCUGCAGUGUAUUUGGUCCAAAGGGAAUAGGUGUUGUGACUAGGAUAGCUGCUGAAACAACCGAAUCAGUUUACAAUUUCCUAGGUACUCAACUCUCAAGCUUGAAGCCAUUGCUUGGUGUCUCACCAUAUUGCUGAUUCACCAUUAAGUUGCAAGACAAGAUUUUCAGAUUUUAGUAUUUUUGCUUCAUUUAUGUAGAACUCAUUUCUGAACAUUUUGAAGCCUACUUCUUUCAAUAGACAGAGAAUAGACAUUUUGAGUAUAUGAAUCAUGAAUCUCUGCCUUGUAAGAUGCGGAGAAAAGAACUUCUAAUGCUUAUUUGUAUAUAAUAAUACUGUACCAUGGUUGUCAUACUAUUGAGGUAGUAUCCCGUUCUGACCCUUGUAACUUUUGUAAUAUGUUGUUUUUUGUAAUUCCAGAAGUUUCCACACUUUCCCUUUUAAUUUCAAUAAUACAAUUUUACUUUAUUAUUCC